UGGAUGCUGUCCAAAGAAUGGAAGAGGAGUACUUGGAGUAAAAAACCUGAAGGAAAGCAUGCAUAUGGUUGUCUUACAAGCGGACCAUGGUGGGACAAAGUCAAAUGGGUAAUCAAUGCCUUGGAGCCAAUUUACUGUUUACUUUGCUAUGCUGAUCAACAAAAGGGUAGUUCAAUAUCUGGAUUUAUGUCAAGGUCAAUUUCUGUCCUCCAUGAAUUACAAGAACGGCUUGGAAGUGGCUCUUCAGAUUUUAACAGAAUCAUGGAUGUGGUUAAUACUACUGACCAUGCUGAAAAGCGACAAUUUCAUGAUUGCCGCUGGAGCGCUGAAUCCUGAAGGCCAUUACAGCUACAAACACAGUUUAUGCCGGGAACCAAAAUAUGCGCAUGAAUUAACUUUGGCAAUAUCAAAGCUUGCAGACUCGACUGAAAAUGCAGUGGAUGCUCUUUGUCAACUUCAUCGGUUCAUUUCAUACCGAGGGAUAUUUGAGUCCACAGAGGCACGGGAUGCUGCAAGCCAUAUGACUCCAGCUGCAUGGUGGAUGGCUUUUGGAAGACAGUAUCCUGCAAUACAAAAGUUUGCUUUGCGGAUUGUGUCACAGUGCUCAUCGUCAAGCGGAUGCGAGCGCAACUCGAGCACAUUUGAUUUGUUACAGAUGCAACAGAGAAAUCAUCUUGGGCAUGCCAAGCUCUGUAAAUUAGAAUAUGUCCAUUACAAUUUGAGGUUACGUCUGCGUCAUUCUGAAGGUGAAAAGGAGAAUGACAUGAGUACAGUUAUGCACAUGAUGGAUGACACGUUGUUUCCGACAGGGAACCCACUCAUGGAUUGGUUGGAUGCAUCUAUCUGUGAAUCUGAAUUCGCGAUGGGUGAACAAGGAGCUCCUCCAAUGCUUCCCGAAGCCGUGGAUGCAGAUCACUAGGAAGCAAACAUAAGAGCAGAAAAUCUGAACAGGGGUUCUUAGAAAAAAAAAUCAAGGCCUGUUAGUGUAGGUAUUUUCCCUCGAUUCUGUAGGAAAGGUUAGCUGUGCUGCAUUUUGUAAGUGUGAAUAUGGGGAGGUUAACUACUUGAUGCAUGAGCAAACGACUCAUGUCCAUUAACUGUCAGUACUUUUGUGAGUUGUAUGAGGGUUAGUUUAGUUCUUCUGCCUCAUUAAAUGUGCUACUGAGUCCUUUUGAACA